GUUAUAAGAUUUCUAAGAUUGUUUCAGCUGUUAAGUUUAAAUUGGGUUUUUUUCUGAUGCAUUAUUUUGGGACGUGCGAACGAAAUUUGGUUGUUGAGUGUUUUCGUAAUACAGGGUCUAUCAUUAAAGUGAUGUCUUGGCCUAUGACGUUUCAUACCGUGUUUCACAGAAAAAUAGUAGAAACAUCCUUUGUUAUAUAA